UUGAACUUUAUAUAAAUUGAACUUUUUAACUUAUGGAAAUUUGGCUGGGCUAGGAUGAAUUUAACGGUAGCCAUUGUACAGGAAUGGAAAUUUUAGAUCGAUAUUGCACGGAAAGUUUUCUAUUAGUCUCAAAAAAUCCUUAUGAAAGAUCGAGCAAGAGCGGCUGUGAUUACUCCGGAAUAUAUGCAUUCAAGAAGGCGUCUAAUAUAUUAUACAAUUGUUGCGACAUCUUUAAUAUGGAUAAUUGGAACUUUAACUUUCAUGUUUCUCGACGACAUCGAAGUAACUGUCGCCGUCAAACGCAAAGUAGCUGACGCCUUGACGACGACGUUUUCGGAGAAUGACAUUCCAAUAAGUAGUACAAAAUUUCGUGAUAAAUUUCAGCUGCCAAACUCAGACAAGAGCGAAGUUAUCGAAGUAAAUAGUAAGGCGCUCGCUAAUUAUGAACAUGCCCUUGUGAGAAGAGAUCCCCUUCUUCCAGGAGAACUGGGACGAGGUGUAGCAGUGGGACCAGGUGAAAAGGAAAAAGAAAAAUUGGGUUAUGAAAGACACGCAUUUAAUCAAUUGGUGAGCGACAAAAUCUCAAUUCAUAGAAGUUUAAAGGAUUAUAGAAACGAAAAAUGCAAGACGAAGAAGUACCCUACGAAUCUUCCAUCAACGUCGAUUAUUAUAUGUUUUCACAACGAAGCGUGGUCCACCCUCCUUCGUACUGUACAUAGCGUUAUCAACAGAACACCACCAAAAUUCUUGAAAGAAAUUAUUUUAGUCGACGAUGCAAGCACGAGGGACGAUUUAAAACAACGUCUUGAUGACUACAUAGCAAAUUUAGGAGUUGUUAAAAUCAUACGUCUGAAGGAAAGACAAGGUCUCAUACGGGCGCGUUUAUCAGGUGCAAAAGAAGCGAAGGGAAAAGUAUUGACAUUUUUAGACGCUCAUUGUGAGUGUUCACUGGGAUGGGUAGAGCCUCUGUUAACAAGGAUAAAAGAUGACCGUACAAAUGUAGUUAUGCCAGUAAUUGACGAGAUAAGCGAGACAAAUUUUCAUUACAAUGCCGUGCCAGAACCGUUUCAAAGGGGUGUUUUUAAAUGGAGGUUAGAGUUUACAUGGCGCCCCAUUCCUCAAUAUGAAGACGAGAGAAGAAAAGAUGAAGCAGAAGGAAUAAGGACUCCUGUAAUGGCUGGUGGGCUGUUUUCCAUUGAUAGAGACUACUUUUAUGAGUUAGGUAGUUACGACACCGGCAUGGAUAUUUGGGGAGGUGAAAAUAUAGAGAUUUCAUUCAGGAUAUGGAUGUGCGGUGGAUCAAUCGAAAUGUUACCUUGUUCACGUGUUGGACACGUGUUCAGACCACGAUUCCCAUAUUCGUUUCCAAAUCGUCGUGGAUCCGAUGGUGACGUCGUCAGUCGCAAUUUAAUGCGUGUUGCUGACGUAUGGAUGGAUGAUUAUGCAAAGCAUUUUUACAAUAUUAGGUUUGAUUUAAAACGUAAACGUCACGAUGACGUCAGCGAAAGAAAGACGAUACGAGAUAGAUUGCAGUGUAAAAGUUUUAAAUGGUAUCUUGAAAAUGUUUAUCCUGAGUUAGAAAUACCAGAUGAUAACUAUCUCGCUGCUGGAGAGGUUCGAAAUCCUGAGACGGGGGUAUGCUUGGAUACGUUAGGUAAACAAGAAGGCUCUCCUCUGGGAUUAUAUGUCUGCCAUGGUCAAGGUGGUAACCAGUAUUUCACUUUAAACAGUAAAGGAGAACUGAAGAGCGAAGAUAAUUGUCUGGAUUACAAUGGUCACGAUUUAUAUAUAAGAGAUUGCGAUAGUUUAGGAUUAAAUCAGAAAUGGUCCUAUGAGAAUAACCGAAUUCGAAACGAUAGGUUUAACGUAUGCUUGCAGUUAAAGACCAAAAAUUAUAUCGCAACAGGUCCAUGUUUAGGUACGAAACUUCAAGAAUGGGUUUUUAAUAAAAUUGAAGAUAUGAGCUAGACUUUUUAUAUAACUAUAAUAAAAUCAAAUGUUAAUUUUUUUUAAUUGAAAAUAGAAAUGAUUUGCAAGCAUGUGAUAAUUUUUAGCGUGUGCAAAAAAGUCGAAUAAUUCAUAAAUGGGAGAAAUAUAUACCUGUAUAGGUAGUAGAGUCUAGUCGUAUGUACUUUCUGUAUAAUAGAAUAAAAAAUAUAUUUUUUAUUUAUUUAUUUUAAUAUAUUACUGUUCAUAAUCAUAAUUUUGGUGAUAGCGUGUUUCAUGUAUAUCAGAUGGAAAGAGAAAAUUUUAGUACAAA